UGUUUACUACGGACUUGAGUGGCGUGAAUAAAGCAUCGCUAUAACCCUAAUAUAAAAAUAAAUGAAAUGAACAGUUGGUGUUGCAUUUUCAAACCGUGUGUCAAUAUGAAUAAAGCUGCUUUUGCAAUUUUGAUGUGCCUUUUGGCACUUACAACUGCCGCCAUAGUGCCGCUUGAUGACUCGGAUGCAGACGAAUCUGUAGCCUGCAAAUAUACAGAUGAAGUCUGGGGCGCUGAGGAUGGUACGAAAUUUUACUUCUGUCUACCGGAUAACAAUACGGCCAUUUUGCAAUCAUGCCCAGAUAAUACAUUCUUCGUGCGCAAUGCAACUGUUACCGGCUGCAUACCCAACUCAUUGAUGGAUCCGAAUUGUGUUACUGAUGUUGAAGUGGGCGCUUGCAGCGGCGAGGACCUCAAACAACCACAGCCUUGUUCUAGUAAUCCGAAUAAAUUCUAUCUUUGUACAAGUGAGGGCGCCGAACCAGUGCUAUUGAAUUGCCCCGAUGGCAAAGCGUUCGUCAAGCAGGAUGGAUAUUUGGGUUGCUUCGAUUGGUCAAGAUGGCGUGAGUUGCGUCAAUGCUACACUCUUACCAACCAGAUAUGAGUUUGUUUGUAAAAUAAAAUUAAGCAAAUACGAGUACAUACGGAAACUUACUUGUCUGUAUAAGUAUACUUAGUAAAAGAAAUACGUGUGAAU